GGUGCAUUUCCCAGCCUCAAAAAAACUUCACCUUCCAUCAGGCUGUUGGGUUCUUUGCAGGAGCACACAGCCCACAACUGACUGGCAACCAUGAGGAUCCUCUACCUGCUCCUUGCUGUUGUCUUCCUCCUCUUCCAGGCUGCUCCAGGCUCUGCAGAUCCUUUUCCUUUUGCUGACACUGCAGAGUGCAGGAGUCAGGGGAAUUUCUGCCGUGUUGGCUCAUGCCCACCAAGCUUCACUGUCUCGGGGCCGUGCCAUGGGGGGCUGCUGAAAUGCUGUUCCAAGUAA